AUGAACGAAGAGCGCUCACACCGUAACAGGCUUCCGAACCUAGCCCAGCAAUACCAAACUGCAACUUCCAUCUCGCCCUUGCUAAUCCUUUCCAACGCGGCCGUUUCGACGCCUCGUAUUCUCUCCAGACACACUCAAGACCCUCAGAACAAUCGAUCCAUUUCUACAGAAUCGGACAAAGAGAACCUGUCCGUUGUUCCGCCAGUCCCGAUAACUGCUCCAGUCCCCGUCUUGUAUGCCUCCCUCGGCAAGGAGGCGCUGAAGUCUAUAUUGUCCAUCGGUGAUGAAGGGACCGAGGAAGGGCAUACGCUGGAGGAGUCGACGCCCCAAGCGCAUAUAUUUACUGAAAACACCAACAUCGUUCAUAGCAGCGCCACCAUUCAAACAUCGUACGAAAGGUGUUUCAUGGAGAAUAAUACUGAGACCCUUCAAGAGAAGGCCACUGUCAUCGCCCGGCCUACUGCAGUGACACAGAGAACCCCGGUACCAACCAGGCAGCAAGGGACACCUAUCGUCAUUCGCCCUAUCUCGCCUUCAACUCUUAUGGCCUUGACCGAUCCGUGCCUCAUGGAAUGGUGCACCUUGCCCAUCAAAGAAGACGCCGAGACUGAAGCAGCAUUUCGUGUUUCCGAGGAAGCGCUGUAUCAACUUACUUUGGCGCAGGGUUUCUAUGCUUGUAACUGGACCAACAUGAAGCCCAGUGGCCCAAAUCUUUGGGGUUAUUGA